UUUACUCGACUAAUGCCGCGAAACCCUAAAACCCGAAGGUCGCUUGCCGUGCCGACGAAUUCGCCGGAGCCAUACCCAGACCUUCCCUUCCCCACUGCGGAACAAUGCCGGUCAGUGCGGGACGACCUCCUUGCUUUCCACGGCUUUCCGAAAGAGUUCGAACGCUACCGUCGAAGGGUUCCAACCGCCGAUGAACCCGCGCUCUUCUCCGAUGAAAGCGUUCUCGACGGCCUCGUGAGCAUUCUUCUCUCACAGAACACCACCGACGCCAACUCUCGGCGGGCCUUCGCUUCCCUUAAGUCCGCUUUCCCCACUUGGGAAGAGGUUCUUAAUGCGGAGACGAGGAGCGUGGAGAAUGCGAUUCGGUGCGGAGGGUUGGCAGCCAUUAAAGCGGCUCGUAUUAAGAGCAUUAUGAGGGGCGUGAAGGAGAGAAGAGGAGAGAUUUGUCUGGAGUAUUUGAGGGGAUGGUCGGUUGCAGAUGUGAAGGCUGAGCUUUCAGUGUUCAAGGGGAUUGGCCCAAAGACGGUGGCAUGUGUUCUUAUGUUCCAUCUUCAGCAAGAAGAUUUCCCUGUGGAUACCCACGUUUUUCGAAUCACAAAAUCUAUUGGUUGGGUGCCCAUGAAGGCAGACAGAGAGAAGGCAUAUCUUCACCUUAAUAAGAGGAUCCCCAAUGAGUUGAAGUUUGAUUUGAAUUGUCUGCUGGUAAGCCAUGGAAAGAUAUGCCACAGAUGUGCCGUUCCUUGGCCUGUUUAUCUAAAUGAUUGAAGGUGAUGACUUUGUUUCUCCUGUGACCUGAUGCUGUUGAUUUUAGAAGAAGAUAUAUUCUGAUGUGAUCAUUAUUAUAUUUCUGCCUGCCUCAGCUCCCACCUGUAAUAUUCUACUGUUUUUAUAACUGGUUCUGUUCAUAUGUAAACUCAGCUUCCAUUG